GUGUGUGUGAGGGAGUGUGUGUUUGAGUCCACAGGACGGGAAUCAUGAGGCGUCUGCUGCUGCUGGUUCUGGGGCUCGUGCUGCUCCAUGAGGGCCGCUGUUUUGAGUUUGUGAUAGAUGGGGAAUGGGAGAACGAGGCGACGCACGUUCACGACCGUCAGGAGAGACACAAGAGAGCGAUAUUGACCAGCGAGGAGCAGGAAGACUUUGAGGCCAUCCGUGGAGAUGACAUCACCGUCAAGAGCUACAAGGUGGAGAGCCGCAUCACGUCGCGGUUUGCUCACACAACCGUCAGGAGCUCCGUGGUCAACUCGGGCUCCAAAGCUCAGAGCAUCGGCUUCAACGUCCAGAUCCCCAAACGAGCUUUCAUCACCAACUUCACCAUGAAUGUGAACGGGAUCACAUUCGUGGGCUCAGUUAAAGAGAAAACAGUGGCGAGGAACCUUUACGCCCAGGCCAGAGCCAGAGGCAAGGCAGCAGGGAUCGUCAGGGCGAACUCCCUGGACCUCGAGACCUUUAAGACAGAAGUCCACGUUCCUCCUGGCAGUAACAUCGAGUUCGAGCUCCACUACCAGGAGCUGAUGCAAAGGAAGCUGGGCUUCUACGAGCACUCGCUGUACCUGCAGCCCGGGAGGCUUGUGCCACAGUUCCAGGCGGAUGUGUACAUCUAUGAGCCGAAGGGAAUCUCAAAGGUAGAAACACCUGACACCCUUGGAGAGAAAUUUAUCAACGCGAUCAAAGUUACAUCUUCCAAAGACAAGGCUCAUAUUGUCUUCAAGCCAAACCUGCAGCAGCAGAAGAAGUGUGACAACUGCACUGAUAGCGCGAUAGAUGGACCCUUUACCGUGAGGUAUGAUGUCAACAGAGACGACAGAAUCGGGGAAUUACAGGUCUCUGACGGACACUUUGUCCACUUCUUCGCUCCAAGCGGCCUCUCACCUCUUCCUAAAAACAUCGUGUUCGUCAUCGACGUCAGUGGAUCCAUGUGGGGGGUCAAGAUGAAGCAGACAGUGGAGGCCAUGAAGGCCAUUUUGGACGACCUGACCUUCGAUGAUCACUUCAGCAUUGUUGACUUUAACCACAAUGUGCGCUGCUGGAGCGAAGAUCUGGUGCCUGGGUCCUCCAUCCAGAUCGCAGACGCCAAGAACUACGUCCAAAACAUCAAACCCAACGGAGGCACCAACAUCAACGAGGCUCUGAUGAGAGCGGUUCAGAUGCUGGUGAAAGCGUCCAAUCAGGGACUAAUCGACUCUCGAUCGGUCUCUAUGAUCAUUCUGGUGUCUGAUGGAGACCCGACUGUGGGUGAGAUUAAGUUGAGCACCAUCCAGAAGAACGUGAAGCGGGUGAUGAGGGAGGAGUACUCGCUCUUCUCUUUGGGCAUCGGCUUCGACGUGGACUACGACUUCCUGGAACGUAUCGCGAUGGAGAACAGGGGCAUGGCUCAGAGGAUCUACGCUAACCAUGAUGCUGCAGACCAGCUACGGGCAUUUUACAGCCAAGUGUCCUCUCCUCUGAUGAGACAAAUCACAGUUCAGUUCCCAGAAGACACCGUGUCAGACGUCACCCAGAACAGCUUCGAUAAAUACUUCAGCGGAUCAGAGAUCGUGGUGGCCGGAAAGGUGCUGCCGUCAGACAGCAACACCCUGACCAGCUUCACCACCGGGACUGCUGCCCGACUUGACCUCACCGUGCAUACUGAGUCCGACCUCUCCGAGCUGGACCAGGAGCUCGCCAAGCAGCAGCACUCGUUCACAGGCUUCGCUAAGCAGCUGUGGGCUUACAUCACCGUCAAACAGCUGAUCUCUGAGAGGUCUCUGGCUACCACUGCCGCCAAGAAAAGGAAGAUCACGCAGCGGAUCAUGGCGCUGGCUGUGGAGCAUCAGUUCGUCACUCCUCUCACGGCUAUGCUGGUGGAAAGCGAGGACGGCACAGAGAGGCUGCUGGCUGACUUCCCCAAAGACCCGAAACACGGCUGCUGCUCAGGAAUAGGAGGAGGUGGCCCAGCGUCCUCUAAUCUGGCUCCGGUCCGGGUCGUGUACCAGCCUCCACCCUGGGUCCAGAUGACGACUGCAGCGACCCCAAGUGAGGCCGCCAAGGGUCCCGAGGAGCACGCCGUGCCCCAACAGAUCAACUUAGUGGACAACGACCCUCACUUCAUCGUUCACCUGCGCGGAAGUGACACACACGUCUGCUUCAACAUCGACUCCAAAGUGGGACACAUCCUCAACCUUGUUUCUGACCCUGGAACAGGUUUGGUGGUGAACGGUCAGCUGAUUGGCGCAAAGCGGAUGAAGAAAGGCAAACAGAACACAUACUUCGGCACCAUCUCAGUCUACUACCAGCCUGACGGAGUCAGUGUGACCAUCAGCACCGACAGCAUCAACAUUAACGACGGCACGAACAACCAAACCUUCACGUGGGGGGCCACGGCUGACAUCGCGCAGGACGGUGUGAGGAUUUCCAUCGUAAGGAACUCUCAUGUCAACGUCGUUAUAAAUAAUAACAUCCAGGUGAUGGUGUUACUUCACCGCGUGUGGAAGAAAAACCCGAUCAGUGUAGACUUCCUCGGUAUCUACAUUCCCAAUGACAACCAGUACUCCCCUCUGGCCCACGGACUCAUAGGUCAGUUCAACAGGGAUCCUGAGCUGAAUGUGUAUGACAUGCACCAAGGAGUGGACCCUCUGAAGCCAGAGGCCACCAUGGAGGUGAAGGGGAACACGCUGCAGGUCACCAGAGGCUGGCAGAAAGACUACAGGCUGGAUAACAAGCGCGGCUCCAACAUCUACUGCUGGUUCGUUCACAACAGCGGGAAGGGCUUCAUCGACGGCCACUACACCGACUACAUCGUGCCCAACCUCAACAGCUUCCUGCACACGCACUGAGCAGCUCUGAGAGACGUUCAAGAACUAACUGCUGCUAUUAACCUCGAAAUGUUACACAGUUAGAACCCGGGGCUGGUGCUUCACUUCUUCCUCUUUUUAAAAUGUUAGACGUUCACUUCUUAAUUAUGUUCCAAAGAAACACCAGGAGUCACUUUUGAUACAUUUAUUUGGAGAAAAUGUACAUCUGCAAAUUUAAGGUCAACUUGAACAUUAAUACAAAAUAAAAAAACAAGUUGAACACA